CCCUCACUUUCUCAAACACUCUCUCCACGUGCCAUAUGCGCCUUAUAGGUAGGUACCUAGGUAUAAUGCACGUCUAUAUUUUUUUUUUACUGCGUACUGCGUACUGCGUUCUGCGUAUCUCCCCUCCCUGCCCCCAUUUCCCAUCAACGGUCACCAAACGCUCAAGACCCACUUUCUGCGCUGAACUCCUAAGCCCAGGUCAAGCUAAUCAAGUACGCAACCAAGCCGACGCUAUCGCAACCGACGCUAUCGCUAUUGCUGUCCAGGGCAGUGUGCGUCGUGCCGCGCCUUGUUCUGUCCUUGCCGUGCCAGUGCCGCGUAGUGCCAGUGCGGCUUUCCUCUGCUGCUUCUGCUUCUGCUUCUGCUUCCAUGCAAGCAAGCAAACAAUCAAACAAUCAAUCAAGCCGUUUGAUCUGAUCUGAUGUGGUAUGAUCGGAUUCCGACCUGUCCUGCCCGAUACUGUCCUAUCCAGGCCAGACCAGGCAAUGUAAUGCAGUGUAAUGCAAAAGCAUGGGCGUUCUUGCUUCCUUUCGUCGGCGUGCGUGCACUUCAUCCUCUCCGCUAAUGGCUC